UUGUGAGCAAGCCUCCUCUAACAUCUCUCUCUCCUCUCUCUCUAUCCUCUCUCUCUCGUCGAAAGCUCUCGCACAGAGCACCGCAAGAGUUGUCGUGCGGGCAGCGAAGGGGGACGCGGCCUCCGUGGCCAUGCCAGGCCCCAAGCAGCGUCCUUCCCGCAAGGCGGCGGCGGCGGUGGCGGCGGCCGGCGGCACUCGCCCAGCCGCCGACGACGACGAUAACGGCCCGGGGACGCGACGGACGGGCGCCGUGCCUCGGCCCACGAGGAAAGGGGCCGCCCGCCGCCCGAGCUGGGACAUCGGCGGCGCGCUGCUCAACGUGGCGAUAGUGCUGGGCGCCGUGAGCCUCGCCUGGUUCUGCUGGGCUUCGUACGUGCGCUGGCGGCUCGCGGCGCGCCUCACCACGCCGCUCCCCGCCGAGCCGGCCGUGCCGCAGGGCUCCUCCCUCCCCGCGGCGUCGCCCGACCGCUUCUGGGGCUCGUACCGGCCGGGGGUCUACUUCGGCAUGAAGACGCGGAGUCCGCGCUCGCCCGUGGCCGGCCUCAUGUGGAUGGAGCAGACGGCAGGAGGCGGCGUGGGGCCCCUGCGGCACACGUGCGAGCAGGGCGACGCGCUGGCGCGCUACGGCUGGCUGGCGCACGACGGGCGCCACUUUGGCGUGCACGAGGCGCUGGAGCGCGACUUCUCGGUGCGCGCCGCGUUCGUGAAGCGCGCCGGCGGGGCGCACGGCGGAGACUGGAGCUGGCGCGUCACCGUCAAACCGCGGGCGUCGGUGGAGGCCGCUCCGCUCGUCUCGCUGCUCGUCUACGUGGCCACGGACGGCCAGGGCGUCCUGCGACCCCGCGUGGAGCAGGGGGAGCGCCUCGCGGCGGUCGACGGCUCGUCGGAGGAGUUGGGAGACUUCCGCGUCACCUUCGCCGCGCCCACCGCGCCCAAGACGAACGACGCCAAGUAUGCCAGGUACAACAGCCUGCGGGCGCCACUGGGGGGGCUGGAGCGCGUGACGGAGGUGGUGCGCGCCAGCCUGAGCGGCCGCUUCGUGUUCGGCCCGGACGAUGGGGAGGAGCGGCGCUACGUCGUCGCCGUGGACGGGAGGCAGCUGGGCGCGUCCGAGCCGAGCGACGGCGACGGCUCCACGCUCGUAGUGCACCAGCUCACGGCCAGGGCGCCCUUCCAGAUGGAGGUCCUCUUCGAGUCGGGCAGCGUGGAGCGGCGUGACGGGGCGCUGUCGGGCACCGCCCUCACGCGGGAGCUCGCCGCCCGCCAGGCGGCGUUUGACGCUCGCUUCGAGCGCACCUUUGGCCUCGCGGGCGCCAAGGGCUUCCCUCCGGCGCAGGUGGCCUUCGCCAAGGCGACGCUGAGCAACGCGCUGGGCGGAGUCGGCUACUUCUACGGCCGCUCGGUGGUGCGCUCGCCGCUCGCGGACGAGGGGCCCGUGCUCUACUGGCCGGCGCCGCUGCUCACCGCCGUGCCGUCACGUUCCUUCUUCCCGCGCGGAUUCCUGUGGGACGAGGGAUUUCACCAGCUGCUGGUGUGGCGCUGGGACGCCGAGGUGGCGCGCGACAUCAUCGCCCACUGGCUCGACCUCCUCAACUUCGACGGAUGGAUCCCGCGCGAGCAGAUCCUGGGCGCCGAGGCGCAGAGCAAAGUCCCGGCUGAGUUCGUGGUGCAGCACAGCCAGAACGCCAACCCCCCCACCUUCUUCCUGACGCUGCGCGCCUCCGUGGCGGACCUGGGCGCCGGCUCCGUGUCGGACGAGGACUCCGCGUUCCUGCGGCGAAUCUUCCCGCGCCUGCGCGCCUGGUUCGAUUGGUACAACUUGACGCAGAGCGGGCCCGUGCCGCACUCGUUCCGCUGGAGAGGACGAGACGCCGACACCAGCGUCUUCCUCAACCCCAAGACCCUCACGUCCGGCCUGGACGACUACCCGCGGGCUUCGCAUCCCUCUGAGCAGGAGCGCCACGUGGACCUGCGCUGCUGGAUGGCGCUGGCCGCCGGUGUCAUGGCCGACAUCGCUCGUACCAUCGGAGUGCCCCACCAAGCGUACACGCGAAUGCACCGCGAGCUGAGCGACAACGACGUCCUGGACGCGCUGCACUGGGCCGAGGAGCUGCAGGCCUACGCCGACUGGGGCAACCACACGGAGGCCGUGGCGCUGGUGCGCGAGAGGGUGCCGCCCGCGGCCGGGCAGCAGCAGUCGCGCGCGCCGCCGCAGAUGCGACUGGUCCGCGCCGUCCGCCGCGCGCCCAGCGAGCGCUUCGUCAACGCGCUGGGCUACGUGAGCCUCUUCCCCCUGCUGCUCGGCGCCGUCGAGGCCGACUCCCCGCGCCUGCCGGCGCUCCUCGACCUCCUGCGCGACGAGAGCCGCAUGUGGACGCCGUUCGGCCUGCGCUCGCUGUCGCGCUCCGACCCCCUCUACCAGAAGCGCAACACGGAGCACGACCCGCCCUACUGGCGCGGCGCCGUCUGGGUGAACCUCAACUACCUGGCGGCGCGCGCGCUCCACCGCUACGCGAAGCUCGCCGGGCCGCAGCAGCGGCGCGCCGGCGACAUCUACAACAGCCUGCGCGAGAACGUCGUCGGCAACGUGUACCGGCAGUACGCCGCCACGGGAUACGUGUGGGAGCAGUACAGCGACUCGACGGGCCGAGGCCAGGGCAGCCACCCCUUCACCGGCUGGACUUCGCUGGUGGUGCUCAUGAUGGCCGAGGAGUACUGAUGAUUACGGCGGCGGCGGCGGAGGAGGAACAGCUGGCGAGGACGGCUGGUCGUUCUGGCGUCCGUCGAGGCUUGUCCUUGGUGUGUUGGGGGCCCCUGAUGAAAGGCCGAUUUCUUUAAAUUUAGUUUUGUCGUACGUAUGUGUGUGUGUAUGUUGAACUUCUUUUGCACCCUACGCAGCCAACCGUGCUAAUCGGAGGUGCGGGGGAAGGACAACAAACUAAACACAAAAAUCAGUUCGACAGAAAUGAGUUGUCAAUCGAAAUGAUUUAAAAGGGCAUAGCUGCAGUUGCUUCCUAAUAUCAGAAAGAAGAGCAUUCCAGACGGCCGCAGAAGCGCAUUUGAAAGCGCGCGGUGCGGUGACCGUCUUUGUUUGAUGGCGCUGCUGCGGGGAUGACCGGAGUUCGCGUGAUGAUGAUGGUUGUCGCUCCUGACGAGAUCAGCGAGGUAUUGUGGUUCAUUUGCGGCCACCACUUUGUGUAUUCGCAAUCGUGUUCCAGUUCUGCCGUCGGGAAACUCGCAGUGAAUCUCGCCCCGUGUGACCGAGGGUGAUUCGCAGAAGCGUAUAUCACGGGAACUGCUUCUGAAAUCGCUUGAAGCGAACUUUUAUUAUUUUUUAAAAUCCACACACUCGGGGCUACUGCACUCUUCCACGUUCCUUGCUGUAGAGAAAUGUUCACCGUACGACACUUGGACCGUUUUUUUUUUUUCUUCUUGUCAAACUUUAGGAGCCGGAACUUUUGUAAAACUAAGUGAAAUGGUAAGUUUAAAAAUGAUGGGUUUUACUUUAUGUGUGUGUGCGCACAGUUUACUGGGUGUAUGGGGGUGAGACCAUCAACUCCGCUACAGUUGAAAACCGGGUUUAACCAGAAGCCGGUCUACGCGAGUCUCCAUGUAAGCCUCUGGGUGCCUCAGUAAGUCGCCAGGUGACCCGAUUAAGAGCGUCCAGCCCACUGCACUUGAGAACCCGGUUUUAGCCACAGGGCAGAGGUCGCAAACGGGUUUUGAUUCCUUACCCGUACCCGGCCGCACCAGGGUCGCAAACGGGUACCCGAUUGCGACCUCUGGGAUGAAGCCAUGUUGCAGGCGCGGUUGGGUUGAUUCUAGGAACUUGAAUUGUGAGAAGAGACAAGAUGUUGGGAAAUGAGUGACAAACAGUUACUCACCAGUGACUCACGGCCUACCCGUACCCGGCCGCACCAGGGUCGCAAACGGGUACCCGUACCCGGCUGGGUACGGGUAGCCGGGUAUCGGGUAGGGUACGGGUAUAGGGUACCCGGUUGCGACCUCUGCCACAGGGUGGUUGCGAUGGACCCCAGAUUUGAACCACGGAUCUCAGCGGUGCCACCUCAGCCACCACCUUUCUUACACUCUGACCUGUCUGGCUGCCGUCCAUUCCCCCCCUCUCCCUUGCUCCCUCAUCUCCGAUGAAUGGUUCCUGUCGCCUUGCUGUCACUUCUCCGGCCACCAAGUCGACUGCAGAAUCCCGUAGGCCUUGCACUUGGAGGUUCACGUGCGAUCGCUCAGACAACUGUGUGAUCACAUGACCAUGAGCACCUGGUGUCAAAAUAGCAACUUAAAAUAAUUAACGUACACCGCUUUUGUUUGUCCGUUUUUGUUUAAGUUGCUACUUGAGAAUUUUGCGAAUGCGCGGCCUUCACGCGGGGGGGGCCUGGCCAUGCAGCCUAAACAUUUCCUCAAGCUGCGAGCGAACCAACCGCGUGGAACAGCAUGCAGGCUCCUCCUCGGCAACACAAACACCACCACCCCACCCCGUGCACCGCGGGCCUCGUCCUGUUUGCCAAUCGUCGUGAAUUUGUAGCCGGAGGCCCACGCAGCUUCGAGGCUAUGAGCGGAGGCAGCUUUCCUGUACCGGCGCACGUGACUCGCUGGGGCCUGCUAAUAUUACCGGCUCCGCCACCACCACACCAUCCACUGACCCCCCCCUCCCCCCAAUUUCCCCCCCCACGCCGCUUUAACGACCACUAAGCUGACCGUGCAGCCCAGAGCACAAUGGGCGAUGCCCACCCCCCGCUCUCUCACACGGGUGUCGCAAAACACUGGUCGUAUCGAAAUGUACUAAGCGGGGAAGAAUCCACAAUGUUGAUUUUGUCGAAUGUUUUAUUUAAUCGGCUUUGUUUUUUUUGUAAGACAAAAUAAA